UCAAAAAAAUUUCUGGUUAUGCAUCUCUUUCUUGAAAAAAUAAUCAUAUAAUCACAUCAAAAAGAGUCAAUUAUCAUCUUCAUUAUCUUAAUAUAAUCAAUCAAUAAUUCAAUUUAAAAGGUAAAUUAAAGUAAGCAAUGUAGACCCAAAAAAAAAAGUCUGCUUUUGUUUCAAAACAUAUAAGGACAGUGAAAGGGUUUGUGCAUAAAUGUUGUUGCUUCAUCUUUCUCAUAACAUUAGCUAUGAGAUUAUGAAAGUGAAGAUAUAAAACAAACACCUAAAAGUGAAAAGUACAAGACACCAAAUCCUUCAUUUUCAUCUCUUACACAACCACACUAAGUUACCAAAAAACAGAAUCUGUUCUUUUUUUGCCUUCUUGCAGAUUUCUUCAGAGUCAAAGACACAUAAAGAUUUAUAAUUGAGUUGUGAGUUUUGGAGGCCAUGGACGUAGGAGAGAGCAAUGAGAGGGUAAAAGACGAUUCUGCCCUUCAAGCUUCACCGAGGAGUCCUCUGAGUUCUAUAGAUCUUGCAAUUGAUGGAGCUAUGAAUGCUUCUAUUGAGCAGUUGUAUCAUAACGUUUGUGAAAUGGAGAGUUCUGAUGAUCAGUCUCCGUCCAGGGCGAGUUUUAUUUCGUAUGGAGCUGAAUCUAGGAUUGAUUUGGAGUUGAGGCAUUUGGUUGGAGAUGUAGGAGAAGAAGGAGAGAGCAAGAAAGAGAUUAUCUUGGAGAAGAAGGAAGAAAGUAAUGGAGAAGGUAGCUUGAGUCAGAAGAAACCUCUUUCGAAUGGUAAGAAGGUUGCGAAAACGAGUCCUAAUAAUCCGAAGAUGCCGGGUUCGAGGAUCUCUUCGAGGAAAUCACCGGAUUUGGGGAAGGUUUCUGUUGAUGAGGAGAGUCCUGAGCUUGGUGUGGUGUUGUUGAAGCAAGCCAGAGAGUUGGUUUCUUCAGGUGAGAAUUUAAACAAGGCUCUUGAUUUAGCGUUGAGAGCGGUGAAAGUGUUUGAGAAAUGUGGGGAAGGAGAGAAACAACUUGGGUUGAAUUUGGUGAUGUCUUUGCAUAUCUUGGCAGCGAUAUAUGCAGGGUUAGGGAGAUACAAUGACGCUGUGCCUGUUCUUGAACGUUCUAUCGAGAUACCGAUGAUUGAAGAUGGUGAGGAUCACGCGUUGGCGAAAUUUGCAGGGUGUAUGCAGCUUGGUGACAUGUAUGGUUUGAUGGGUCAAGUUGAAAAUUCGAUUAUGCUAUACACCGCGGGUUUGGAGAUUCAAAGACAAGUUCUUGGAGAAUCGGAUGCACGAGUUGGCGAAACUUGUAGGUACUUAGCGGAAGCUCAUGUUCAAGCAAUGCAGUUUGAAGAAGCCUCAAGGCUUUGUCAAAUGGCAUUGGACAUUCACAAAGAAAACGGUGCUGCCGCUACAGCUUCUAUUGAAGAAGCUGCGGAUAGAAAACUGAUGGGACUUAUCUGCGAUGCGAAAGGUGAUUAUGAAGUUGCGCUUGAGCAUUAUGUUUUAGCGAGCAUGGCAAUGUCAUCUCAGAACCAUAGAGAAGAUGUUGCUGCUGUAGAUUGCAGUAUUGGUGAUGCUUACAUGUCGCUAGCUAGGUUUGAUGAAGCGAUAUUCGCAUACCAGAAGGCUUUAGCUGUGUUUAAGCAAGGAAAAGGUGAGACUCAUUCCUCUGUUGCUUUGGUUUACGUUAGGCUUGCUGACUUGUACAACAAGAUUGGGAAAACACGCGAUUCCAAAUCGUACUGCGAAAACGCUCUCAAGAUUUACCUAAAACCGACUCCAGGAACUCCUAUGGAAGAGGUUGCGACUGGUUUUAUAGAGAUUUCUGCGAUAUAUCAGUCAAUGAAUGAACUUGAUCAAGCUCUUAAGUUGUUGAGACGGGCGUUGAAGAUAUAUGCAAACGCUCCAGGUCAACAGAACACGAUUGCAGGUAUUGAAGCUCAAAUGGGUGUGGUUACUUAUAUGAUGGGAAAUUACUCCGAGUCCUACGACAUAUUCAAGAGCGCGAUAUCAAAGUUCCGCAAUAGCGGAGAGAAAAAAACCGCUCUUUUCGGGAUUGCUUUGAAUCAGAUGGGACUAGCUUGCGUUCAGCGUUACGCGAUCAAUGAAGCUGCAGAUUUGUUUGAAGAAGCGAAAACUAUUCUUGAGAAAGAGUGUGGACCGUACCAUCCCGAUACAUUAGCGGUUUACAGUAACCUUGCUGGAACGUACGACGCAAUGGGAAGGUAAAUUUGGAACUUAAAACAAUUUUCUUGCUAGGUUAUGUUUUUUGGUAUUUCCCUGCGGUACAAGCAAUGUGUUACUUGCUUUACAGGUUAGAUGAUGCUAUAGAGAUAUUGGAGUAUGUUGUUGGGACAAGAGAAGAGAAGCUCGGGACGGCAAAUCCCGAGGUUGAGGACGAGAAGCAGAGGCUUGCUGCGUUGUUGAAAGAAGCUGGAAGAGGAAGGAGUAAAAGAAACAGAGCACUUCUUACCCUUUUGGACAACAACCCUGAAAUUGCAAAUGGACAGAGACCGGUUUAUUGAUUAACCGGAUUAUUGUCCGGUCUAAAAUGUAUAUAUAUACAAAAUACAAGUUCGAAUACGGUACUUACACGGUCGAGGGAGAAGGAAAAAAAUGAAGAGGCUUUAUGUUUUCUAGUUUUAUAAAAAGUGAAGGAAAAAAAAAAAAAUCUUGCAUUUGUUUUCUUUAUAAAUAAAAUGUAAAGAGUAAAACGCAAUUGAUUUGGUCGUUUUGUAAUGUGAUUUACAUUGAAAUUUUGGAGUUUAAAAAUCUCCUUGAUGGCAGUUUCUCUAACUUUGAGCACUG